CCCUGCCUUGCCCUGCCUUGCCUUGCCUUGCCUAUGGGCGGCGUUAGGACCGCGCGGACGCUGGUUAAAUGCUCCGCCGAGUGGCACCUGUUGCGUUCAAAGGGAAACCGGGAGGACGAUGUGCUGUCUUUCUGCUGGGAGAAGCCUUUCAACAAACAGCCAAAGAGUCAGAGUUUACUACAUCCCUGCUGAACACACACACACAUAUACACACCUACACAUACGGACGCAUGCACGCACGCACGAGCUCAGCGCGAGAGACGGGAAAUAACGAGUUGAUCGGUCACGCGAUCUGAGUGACGCUACCUCCAGCCUUUAGGAUGCGCCUGAGACGCCGUGUGUCCCCACUGAAGCUGGCCGUGCUGGGUGGUGUGCUCUUCAUGUUUGUCCUUGUGGUGCUCCAGAGGGAUGUGAGUGGUGGCAUUCAGGAGCCCUGGUUCGAGGAUUUAUCCAACCGGAAGGAACGAAUGCUGGAAUUAGUCCGUGGUGCCGUCAACAACCUGGCCUUCCAGAUUCCAGGCCAACCAGGCACUCCACAGCUGCCUGCAGGAGGGGAGGUGGAUAAAAAUUGCCCCUCAGGCUUCUACACCCAGGCUGAGCUCAAACCGUGGUUCGAGAGGCCACCGGAGGAUCCGCACAGCCAGGGGGCUGGAGGGAGUGCGUUCCAGAAGGACAAUCUCACUCCGGAUGAAAAGAAGGAGAAAGAAGAGGGCAUGACCAGGCACUGCUUUAACCAGUUCGCUAGUGAUCGGAUCUCUCUGCACCGCAGCCUUGGAGAGGACACCCGACCUCCAGAGUGUGUGGAGCGCAAAUUCCGCCGGUGUCCACCUCUUCCCACGACCAGCGUGAUCAUCGUGUUCCACAACGAGGCCUGGUCCACACUGCUGCGCACCGUCUACAGCGUGCUUCACACUGCUCCGGCCAUCCUGCUGCGAGAAAUCAUACUGGUGGAUGACGCAAGCACAGCAGGUCACCUGCACUCUCAGCUGGAUGAGUAUGUAAAGAUGCUGAAGGUGGUUAAAGUCGUGCGUCAGGUGGAGAGGAAGGGACUCAUCACGGCCCGACUGCUGGGAGCCAGUCAAGCUCAGGGCGAGAUCCUCACCUUCCUCGAUGCUCACUGUGAGUGUUUCCAUGGCUGGCUUGAACCACUGCUCGCUCGAAUUGUGGAAGAGCCGACGGCAGUCGUGAGCCCGGAAAUCACCACCAUUGACUUAAACACAUUUAGGUUUAACAAGCCUGUGGCCACUGCACGCGCUCAAAACCGCGGAAACUUCGACUGGAGCCUGACGUUUGGCUGGGAGUCCAUUCCUCAGUAUGAGCAGGCAAAGCGCAAAGAUGAGACCUACCCUGUCAAAACACCAACCUUUGCUGGUGGAUUGUUCUCCAUUUCCAAAGCCUACUUUGAGGAAAUCGGAACCUAUGACAACAAAAUGGAGAUCUGGGGUGGCGAGAACGUAGAGAUGUCCUUCAGGGUGUGGCAAUGUGGAGGCCAGCUGGAGAUCAUCCCGUGCUCCGUGGUCGGUCAUGUCUUCCGGAUGAAAAGUCCGCACACUUUCCCUAAAGGAACUGAAGUCAUCGUGCGCAACCAGGUCCGCUUGGCUGAGGUGUGGAUGGAUGAUUUUAAACGUAUCUAUUACCGCCGCAACCCGAAUGCAGCCAGGAUGGCCAGAGAGAUGAACUACGGUGAUAUCACAGAUAGACUGAAACUCCGGGAAAGUUUACGCUGCAAGAACUUUACCUGGUAUUUGAACAACGUCUACCCAGAAGCCUUUGUUCCUGAUCUUAACCCUGUUAAAUUUGGAGCAGUCAAAAACUUGGGGUCUCAGAACUGUCUGGAUGUGGGCGAGAGUAAUAACGGGGGAAAGCCAGUGAUUAUGUAUGUGUGCCACAACAUGGGAGGAAACCAGUACUUUGAGUACUCAACACACAAUGAGCUGAGGCAUAAUGUGGGCAAACAGCUGUGCCUGCAUGCCACCUCAUACCCAGAGCAAGUGAAGAUCGAGCUGUGCCGGCUGAAGGGUCGUGGUACCAGCGUCGCCCCUCAGCAAGAGUGGAUCUUCACUGAGGAGCAGUUAUUAAAAAACCCUUCAUCAGGUAAGUGCCUGCACUUGAAGAACAACAAGAUAGUCAUGAGCCCAUGUGACUCAAGAGACCUGUAUCAACGCUGGAUGUUCAGCUGAUCUCCGUCUCUGUUGGAGUGAAGUUGACAACCCAGCCAGAAGGACAGCUAUUACUUAGGCUCAUGUGCUUUGAAACACACCGGACCUCACUCCUGGCCCAUCAGUGUGAACUGAUAGCAUAUGGGUCGCAUUUCCAUGCAAUGGACCAAACUAAAAAAAAAAAAAAACUUUGUUAUGAGACUCAGGAAAACAAGUGGAGGGACUGAUGGACUGUGGGACAGAAUCACCUGACGGCAGUAUUGUUUACAUGCGUUCACCAACCGUGUGCUUUCAACCUUUGUGUUUCAGCCUUCAGACUGCUACUUUUAAAGAUUUUAUUUAUGUUUUAAAAAGUGUGUAAUAAUUAUUUUUAUUUUUCAAUUUUAUUUGAAGCUGGAUGAGACAGACUAUAUGUUGCCAAUAAGACAUACUAUGUAUUAUUUUGUCAUAAAAUGAUUCUGUUGUCCUGCGACAAGCCAAACUCCAGUGGAGUGUUUCAUCAAGAAAGAUUUCUUUUUUAGUUAAGUCAGAAAUCAUGGUACUCUUGUCUAUCCGGACAUUCUAUAAGUUAUAUGACAGAGUCGACGAUAAUGAUUGUGAAACAGCUCCAAGACUAUUAAGUGAACACAUGAAAUGGAUACUCUUUGUCCUUGUUGUAAUUAAAGAUUUCUUGUGACAUUUCAUUCUUC